UCAGAGCUCGGAGUCCGUCCACAGCUGAGCAGCCGCCGUGUUUGUGUCUUUAAAGAGGCUCGCCCGGUGCCUCGCUUUACACUGCGAUGUGGGCGUGGUAAAAAAAAAAUCGCGUUGGAAACCCGGGGCAAAAGCAGUUUCCUGCCUUCUUAGAGCCCCAACAGCUGGGUUGUUGUUUUUUUGGAAAGUGUCGCUGUGUGUGAGAGCGAGACGGCGGCAGGCAGCAGACAGCGCGAGCCGGCCGUGGCAGUGGCAUUGGCCGUGGCCGUGGGGCGGCGCGAGCUCCGGAGGCUGCUGUGAGCAGAUCGGGCUGGGACGCGGCGCGCUCGGCGCCCCCUACCCGCUCCCUGCAAGCAAGGAAGCUCGGAGCCGCGGCCCCGCCAGUGGGCUUGCUCGGGACGGGCGAGGAGGCGGCGGCGCCCCGGGGCUGCUUAGACCUUCACCCCGACGGCUCCCGGGGGCCGCUCCAGGCCGCCGUCUGCCCGUCUGCGCGUGGAUCGUGACUGGUGAAUGCCCCUGGCCGGGGGCCCCGGCAGAGACAGCCCGCCUCGGGUGCCUGGGCGAGGAUGAGCGGCGGCGGGGAGGUGGUGUGUGCCGGCUGGCUGAGGAAGUCGCCCCCGGAGAAGAAGUUGAGGCGCUAUGCAUGGAAAAAGCGUUGGUUCAUUCUUCGCAGUGGGAGGAUGAGUGGGGACCCAGAUGUGCUGGAAUAUUACAAGAAUGACCAUUCCAAGAAGCCCUUGCGAGUCAUCAACCUCAGCUUCUGUGAACAGGUGGAUGCAGGCCUGACUUUCAACAAGAAGGAGCUACAAGACAGUUUCGUGUUUGACAUCAAGACCAGUGACCGCACCUUCUAUCUGGUGGCAGAGACCGAGGAAGACAUGAACAAGUGGGUGCACAGCAUCUGCCAGAUUUGUGGCUUCAACCAGUCAGAUGAGAACUCAGAUUCUCUGAGAAAUCUCCCCUCUGUUGGUCACGGGCCCCGCUCCUCCCCUGCCGAACUCAACAGCUCCAACCCACACCUGCUUCGAGAGCGCAAAUCUUCGGCCCCCUCGCACUCCAGCCAGCCGACCUUGUUCACCUUUGAAGCUCCUGCAAACCAUGCGCAGACCGCCUUGUCCACCAGUGCCCCUCAGGACUAUCUCUUCCUGCAUCAGUGCAUAAGCCGAAGAGCAGAGAACACUAGGAGCGCCAGUUUCUCCCAGGGCACUAGGGCCUCCUUCUUCAUGAGGAGCGACACAGCUGUACAAAAACUUGCCCAGGGGAAUGGGCACUGUCUGAACGGCGUUAGCGGCCAAGUGCAUGGCUUCUACAGCCUGCCCAAGCCCAACAGGCACAACUCAGAGUUCCGGGACAGUGCCUACGACCUCCCUCAGAGCCUGGCCUCCCACCCUCCCAGCCACACCAAAAGCAGCCUCACUGGCUCGGAGACGGACAACGAUGAGGUGUACACCUUCAAGACGCCCAACAAUACCCUGUGCAGGGAGUUCGGGGACCUCAUGCUGGACAACAUUGAUGCCCCAGGAACCCCGCUCUCCGCCUACCAGAUUCCCAGGACAUUCACGCUGGACAAGAACCACAAUGCCCUGGCAGUAGGGCCCUCCGGGGACUCUUCAGUGGCUCCACCGCCCCGGCCCCCCAAACCAGGUCAAGCAGAGACGCCCCGCUGGGGCAGUCCCCAGCAGCGGACCCAGAAUGGGGAGAGUGGCCGGGCAGUCUCUGUUGCUGCCACCAUCCCCCGGCGCAACACUCUCCCAGCGGUGGACAACAGUCGCCUCCACAGAGCUUCAUCCUGUGAGACAUACGAGUACCCGCAAGGUGGUCAGUCUUCAGAGUCUGUCAAUGAUGGGUUUAACUCCUUUGUGAUGGGGAAAGCCGCUGUGGGACACACAGACAGCUCCAAUUCAGAGGACAAUUAUGUGCCCAUGAACCCCGGAUCCUCCUCCCUGCUUUCCAUGGAGAGAUCGAAUGACAAUUCUCAGAGUGUCUACAUUCCCAUGAGCCCUGGGCCUCAUCACUUUGACCACCUCAGCUUCUCCUCGUCUGCCAUGUCAGUUCAUCGGGGGCCAGGACGGGGGAGUGAGAUCCAGCCUCCCCCAGUCAACCGAAAUCUCAAACCUGACAGGAAAGCAAAGCCGACCCCUCUGGACUUGAGAAACAAUACGGUCAUUGAUGAGCUUCCCUUUAAGUCCCCGGUCACGAAGUCUUGGUCUAGAGCAAUUCACACCUUCAAUGCUAGCUCUUCCCAGUCCUGCCGUCCUGUCUCCACCCAGAGCAUCACCAGCACCGAUUCAGGGGACAGUGAGGAGAAUUACGUCCCCAUGCAAAAUCCUGUGUCAGCAUCCCCUGUUCCCAGUGGCACAAACAGCCCUGCUCCCAAGAAGAGCACAGGCAGUGUGGACUACUUAGCCUUGGACUUCCAGCCAAGUUCGCCCAGCCCCCACCGAAAGCCAUCUACAUCAUCCAUCACAUCAGACGAGAAAGUGGAUUACGUGCAAGUGGACAAGGAAAAGACCCAGGCUCUGCAGAACACCAUGCAGGAGUGGACAGACGUCCGACAAUCCUCAGAGCCCAGCAAGGGGGGCAAGCUGUGAAUGGCAAGGCAGGCCCUGGACCCGGGGAAGGAGGUCUCCCUGUAACCAACUUCUUCCUGCCUCCCCUUCCCUGCCUCCCUCCUCCCUGGGGUCCCUGCCCUGCUCUGUGGGCCCAGCCUUUUAGGUUCUCAGUCUCCUGAGGCCUCCACUGGGGAGGAAGUGCUUGCUGGGGCUUUCUCAUCCAGGGGCUGGGUAGUGCUCUCCCUCUGCCCAUUGGGCAGCAGCUCAGGACCACACCUUUGAGCAAUACUGAGAAUGCCCAGAACCUCCCCACCUCUGCCUCUCUCCCCCGCAAGCUUUUGCUGAAAUGUCUCUGCAGUUGCCUCUAGCUCCCUAGCCCUGAGUGUCCUCCUCUGAGCCAGGGUCGGCUGCCCUCCUUGGGAUCCAGAACUCAGAGCCCCCCCCCCCCCUCAGAGCUCACUCUGUGUCACAGCCUCCUGCUCCCUCACUUCCAGCCUCUCAGAUUUCUGGCCCACUUCUCUCAGCCUUGAGAUCACGUGUUUAUUAAGAAGUUCUGCUAGCCUAUCCCCAUAGGCUUCAGCAGGGGGCAUAUUUCCCAAUGGAGAACAAGUGGGGAGUCUUGGUUAGAGGUAACUGAUCCUUGCCCACUCUGUCUGGGGAACCCCCAACAUCAGGGAGAUCUGCUUCCCCGGGUUCAGGGCCUGCUUUGGUCAAGGAGGCAGGGGCUGAGGCAAGGUGGGGAGAUGUCAGCACCAAGGACCAGGGUGUCGGCUGACAUUUGCAGUGCCCCACCCUUCAGAGUAGCUGCUUCCUGCAGCUCAGGACAGGGAGAAACAGAAUAGACCAAGGGAGACAGAAAAUCAAGACCAGGACAUCAAGUCCCUGGAGGCUGUGGACAUUGAACAUCCAGACACCGAAACUGUGGACCUGUGAGAUUUGAUGAGCAUGCCAAGGCCCCUGCUGGGAUGGAGCAUCCCCUGCUCAGCAUAAAGGGACAUCCUUAGGCACCUUGGGGCUAGAGCAAAAGGUGUUCCUUCAGACUUUGGAUGAUGGGCCUCUGGGGGAUGGAGGGGACAUACUAUAGGAAAGAGGGCAGUUUUUCCAAGCCAGGAAGGGGAAAACCACAGUGCUUGGAGGUACAUGGUGUUAGAGGGGAACUAGGCAUCCAUGGGAGGGGGAAUGUAGGGAAGGGGCUGAGAGGCUGGUGAAAUGUAUGAAGGAGGAUAAUGGAAGGGAAGGCUUUUGGAGGGUUAAUGAAGAAUCUGAGCUGAUACUUUAUGGGAGUGGAUUAAUGCAGUGCACACGGGCCUGAAACGCAGCAUUGGAGAGGGUCAUGUCAUGUGUCCAGGUAAAGUGCAUCUGCUGUGCAGUUAAUGGUGUUAUUGACAUUUGCAUGGGAGAAAUUCGCUGGGAAAAGGAGGUCAUGGAAGCAAUGUGGUGGGGGAGAGGGAUGAUGCUGAGCGCAAGGGAGAGGCAGUGGGGAGACAGGUAAUGAAUGUCACGUGGAGAAGAGGAAAUGUAGGUAGGACUGAUGUUAUGGACGUCAGGAAGAUGCAGUGUUUGGAGGAGGAGUUCUGUAGUGGGCCCUGGCAGGCUGUGAGGACUGGGAAGAAGUCUAUUUCAGGCUCAACUUGGACAUUUCCCCCAUAUCCCUACUCGGGAAGGAUAAAAAUCCUCAAAGCCAAGCCCGUAUUUUUCUGGGGGUGGGGGCAGGCACGCAUCAAAGAAUGGAAAGCCUUAGGGACCAAAUAUGCCUUGCACACAUGUACAAGGUGCCCCAGAGAUCAGAACCGGGGGGGGGGGUGGGCAUGGUCAUCAGUCUUCCCUGCGGGCCUGCCUGGUUUGUAGCUAUGAUGGAACAAAGUUCUUGCUGGGUUUAGGAAGCAGUAGUUAGGCCUGCCUCUUUGGGAGGCAGAGAAGGCCUGUGUAGGAGCUGUUCCCCAUAGUGGGACGGGCAGUUUCCUAAGAUUUGCCAGGUGGUGGUGAUGGGCUACUCCUCAUAAACUCAAUUAUUUGUAAUUUUCAUAGGACUUAUAGCUAGAAGGGACCUUUGAGACCAUCUCGUCCAAUCUCCUUAUUUGGCAGAUGGUCUGGAUAAGUGAAAUAACUGGCUCAAGGUGGUGGUAGUAGUAGUAGUAGUAGUAGUAGUAGUGAGACACGAGCCCAGGGUGAUGCUUUUCUCAGUAUCCCAUGCCGCCAUCUCUUUCAGAACUGCAGAGGAGUAGGACAGUUGUCCCCAGAGGAUCCCCCAACAGAAAAUACUGUCUGUUCAACCACACCUUUCCUCUCUCACCCCCCUCAGCCAUUUUGGCCAGGAGACUAAGAAAUAGUGAAGAGCCAAAUGUAGACAAGAAAAGGCAUUGAAAAAUAGGGAAGCAGGAUACCCAACAGCUGCAGGAUACCCAGCACCAAGGUUAUUAGCUAAUCAGCGACAUACCUCCAACGCUUCAGGUCCUUAGAUCAAGGACACAUCAUCCUUCUGUGCCUCAGUUCCCCCAUCACAAAAAAUGGGGUAAUAGCAACCUACCUCAUUGGACUAGGGCUGAAGCUGAGUUAACUCUGGACAGACAGGUUCUGGCCUGUUAUUUCUAAGUUACUCUUUGGCCUCAGUGAGAGGGGGGAUUCUUACAGUGUCAGCCUAAGAGGCCAUGUUUGGUAGGGGCAGGGAAGGGCACUUUCCUUGUUCUUAGCUCAUAAACCUUUGUUAGAAAUGGAAGAGUCUUGAAGAAAAUAGAAUUCUCCCUCACCACACUGAGAAACACUGGCCAAUUUUCCCCCCUCCCCAAAUCAUUUUAACAUGAAAAUGAAAAAACAAAUACAAAACCCUAGCCUGAAUGGCUAGUUGUUCAUGAGCUCUCAAUCCCAGCCAUAUUUUCUGGUAGCUGCUUGGCUCUGAUUGUAAUAAAGCUUCGCAUUCUCCUAUACCUGCUUGGUACCCGCUUUGAGAGGACCCUAAAUGGGAAAACCCAGGAAAACACAAGGGUUAGACUCAGCGGCCCAAGGCCCUUCUAACUCAAACAAUCCUCGUCUGACAUUCUCUCAGCCAUAACUUUCUGUGCUAAAGGCAAGUGUUUUCCUGGUGCUAAGCCUGGGACCAGAGACCAAUUGUUUGACUAUAAAGAGGAUGCAAUGGUCGCAGCCUCCUGGGAGAACCUCUUUGGACUCCAAGACACACCAGUAAAGAGUAGGAAGGCCCAAGGCCCUCUGGGCUGCCAUUGGAAAGAACCUUUUUCACCUUUAAGGAGCAGUGGGAAACAGCAGGGAAUAGUAUUUAAAGGCUUUUUAAAGCCUCAGGUGGCUUGGUGACCUAAGAAACCCCUACUGCCCUGCUCUGAGUCUUUUUUUUUUUUUCCAGGGCAAUGGGGGUUAAGUGACUUGCCCAGGGUCACACAGCCAGUAAGUGUCAAGUGUCUGAGGCCAGAUUUGAACUCAGGAACUCCUGAAUCCAGGGCCGGUACUUUAUCUGCUGCGCCACCUAGCCACCCCCCUUGCUCUGAGUCUUGGCUUCACAACUUAGGUCUUCUUUCUGUCCGAUUUGAGUCACAUUCCCACACCUGCCAGAUUUGAAGCUACAGAAUUAACCCCCCUACCCCCAACAAUGCACAGAAUGAGGUCCAGCAUUUAGUCCUUGGACCUUGCUUCUUGACAGGGUUGCAGGCAGAUAUUAUACACACUGGUGACGUCACCUACAGCCUGGCCUUUGCCGUCCAGCUCAAUGCAGAUUGGAAGGAAGUUGCAGGGGGCUGUAUUUAGAAGAGGCUAGGGUAAUAUAGGGGUAUGUAUGGAAUAUAUGAAUAGAGAACCACAGUCUUGAGCUGUGGGUUUUAGUUAUAACCCCUGGGACCAAGAUAGAGAAAUGAAAAAUGGACAAAGGGUGUGAGCCAAGGAGGCAGCCUCCUUCUCCACUCAGGGUUGGGAUCAUGGGGGAAUGGAGAAUGACAAUGAGCCCUCGAACCCAGGCCAGCAGAAAGAUAUCAAGGUCCUUCCCUCCGUGCCCCCCACCCCCACCCCCUCAUCCCCUCCAUGGACUGGAUGAUCUUUAAGCUUCCAUAUGGCUUUACUGACAUUCGUGUAUUCUGCAAUGAGCAGGAAGAACCCAAGAGAUCUGGAAGGCCAUGUAGCCAGACUUUGGGGUGGGGUGGGGGGCUGCAGAGGAGCCUGCAAGUCUGUCGCCCAACGGGCAAUACCCAGUGCUGUGCUCUUGUGUCUAUGUUGGUGUCAGUGUCUGUGUCUUGAAACUUAGAACCAUUUCCCGGGGUACAAGGGGGAAGGAAGGGUGGUCUUUGUGGGAAACCUUCCCCCAAUACCACCUCCCCCUCCCCAAGGAAGAGAAAUGGAUUGUAGUGCACUGUGUACCUGAGAUGUUAACUAUUGAAAAUGGACACAUUUCCUCAAAUCGCUGUUGGUGGCCAAUGGCCUAAAUUAUUAAUUUAUUCUUUUCCUUUAAAAGAAGAUGAAGAAGCAGCCUUUGUAACAUGUAUUUAUCCUGUAAGUAGGUCUUGAGGGUGGGGGUGG